AUGUUCCUUCUCGUCUAUGUCGCCCUGUUGUUCGGGCAAAUCCCUUCUUCCUUUGCUGCCCCCGAAGCCAACAUCGAGGGCAUACAAACAACCACACUACUACAGCCUCCCGUCGCUGCCCCUCCUCCUCCUUCUACUCCUGCUGCUACAACUCCAGCUCAACUAGAGCAAACACGCAGCUCGAGCUCGGCCUCAGCAUCGGUAAACGAGCAAUCGGCAUCGGUAUCACAAGGCUCACAGGCACAGGCCCAGGCCCAAGCACAAGCACAAGCACAAGCACAAGCCCAGGCUCAGGCACAAGCACAGGCCCAGGCGCAGGCGAGUCCAAAGGUACAGGAGUAG